AUGUCGGACCGUGAAUUUACAAACGACGAUUUGUCGCUUCCCAAAGCGACCGUCCAAAAAAUCAUUACUGAAAUCCUCCCGCCCUCCUCGGGCCAGACCUUUGCCAAAGAUGCGCGAGACCUCUUGAUGGAAUGCUGCGUCGAGUUUAUCACCCUGAUCUCCUCCGAGGCGAACGACAUCAGCGAGAAAGACGCGAAGAAGACGAUCGCAUGUGAGCAUGUCGAAAAGGCGCUGCGGGAUCUCGGGUUCGGUGACUACAUCGAAGACGUGCUCGCGGUUGCCGAGGAACACAAAGAGGCGCUGAAGACUCGAGAGAAGAAGACAAGCAAGAUGGAACAGAGCGGUCUCACGGCGGAGGAGCUUCUUCGCCAGCAGCAGGAACUGUUUGCUUCGGCCGGACAGAAAUUCAACGGUGGAGCCGAGUAG